GCCGUGCUACGUGCCUCACCCCAGCUUGAACAUCCUCUCUUCAUCCACCAUCAGCACAGGCUAAACCUUCGUUGAACGACCUGCCAGUGCUUUGUGCCGAUAAGGAACAUGGCCUCCCCGAUCAAGCUGAAUGUCACGGUAAACGUCAGCAACGUGCACGAUAUGAUCGUCACGCAGGCGAGACCACCAGCGCGACAAUCUUCGAGCUCUGCUCGUUCUACUGCCGCGAAGGCAUCCAAUUCUGCGAAGAAGGUUACAUCUAAGCCUACGGCUAAGAAGCCCGCCGCAGCCAAGGGAUCAGUUCCUGCCAAAGCUACGUCGUCUCAGCCCAAAAAGCUGGCCGCUGCUAAGACCGCUGCGAAGACCGCUGCGAAGGGAACAGCAAAGGGGGCUGCGAAGGCAACGACAAAGGAAGCCGCGAAGGGAACGGCAAAAGGGGCCGCGAAGGGAACGGCAAAGGCAGCCGCGAAGGAGACGACUAAGGUCACGGUGAAAUCGGAGCGUUGAAAGGACUAUUUCGUGUGGGUUAUUCUACGUGCAAUGUGCGAGCAGGAGGCGCCUAUGACGGUUAUCCGGAAAUCGAGCGUGAUCGCACGGGAGGCCUUCGAACCAGCCGGCGGGCAAUAUCAAUAACGAGUUGGGUGUAGAUCUCCGGCCCUCAGUUUUGUGCAUACUGCGGAGCCGUGUUUCACGCU